UUUAGAUAGCAUUUUAGCAUAUUGUUCAUUUAUUAUUCUUUCUAUAUUUACAUUAUAUUGUUAGAUAGAUAGUUUGUUAGGUAGUUACAUUUUAUUACUCGUUUAUUAUACUUAUUCAUAUUUUACUUACAUUGUAUUCCUUUAUUAUACAUUUAUACAUUUUAUUUCAUUGUUUGAUUCUAUUUUCUCCCUAGACAGCAUCGCUAGGGUGCUGUGUAGGAUGAGUAGUGAGAGUAGAGAGGAGAGGUCCCGGCAGGGCCUUGAGGCCAGUUCCUCACACGAGGAGCUCCUCAGGGCUCACUACCGGGUGCUGAGAACCAUCGGCGAGGGGGGCUUUGCCUCAGUCUAUCUGGCCAAGCACCUGCCUACAGACAGCCUGGUCGCCGUGAAAACGAUCAGCAAGGAGAACUGCCCAUCUGUUGACACAGAACUGGACAUCUUAAAGUCUGUGGAGCACCCUAACAUCAUCAAACUGUACCAGGUGGUGGAGGCAGAGCAGCGGGUGAACUUGGUGAUGGAGUACCUCGAGGAAGGAGACCUAGCAGACUAUGUGUACAAGGUGGUCAGACUGAGGGAGGAGGAGGCCAGGCUUCUGUUUAGGCAGAUCGUGAGGGCGGUCAAUUAUUGCCACGACCACGGCAUCGUUCACCGCGACAUUAAAGCAGAAAACAUCCUGCUGGACAGCCAGGGCACAGCUAAGCUAUGCGACUUUGGUCUCAGUAUGCGGUUCCAGCCCCAGCAGGAGCUGGACGGGUGGUGCGGGACAAUGGCUUAUUGCCCCCCCGAAAUGAUUAAGCAGCAGAAAUACCAGGGUCCCAAGGUGGACGUCUGGAGUUUGGGGAUACUACUCUACUUCAUGGUCAUGGGCGACAUCCCUUUUGAUGACAGGUCCUGGCGCGUCCUAAAACAGCAAGUGUUAGCGGGCAGGUGUCUAAUAUUCAAAAGCUUUUCCACCGAACUGCAACAUAUCUUAAGGUAUCUGAUGACACCUGACCCUCAAAAGAGACCUGCUGUGAGGCAAGUGUUGUGCCACCCUUGGUUAAAGGCAACACAGGCACGCUCACCACGCCCCAGCCAGAGUGCCCUGGCCGAGCCAGAUCCGGCCAUUCUAAACGUCAUGGCCUAUUUCCUGGGUUUUGACCCAGACCAGGUUGGGGCAGCCCUGUCUGCCUCCAUGGCAACCUAUAAAAUCUUAAAGCAGCAGCAAGACCAGGGCCAAGACCUGACGGGCCUGGUGAGGCAUGCACUGCCUGCGCCUCCGCCUUGCCCCUCCCCCGUAUGCAGGACCGGCCAGGCUCUACACUUGAAGCAAGCCAGUGCUCCCUUGGGCCACCGGGCUGUAGGCCUGCCUGCUGAGCAGCAGCAGGGGAGUGGUGGCAGGAAAGGCAGGAGAUCCGUGUGCCUACCCUGCCUCCCUUGGAGACCCCAUAUUUCCAACACAGAGGGCAAGACUGUGAGCAGCAAGGCUGCCCUGGUACCAGCAGCUGCAGCAGCAGCAGCAGCCGAAGUAGCACUCCCCAUGGCCAAACACAAUGAAAUGACCAGCUCGGCCCCUGAGCAGGAGAGGCAGGCGGGCAGCAGACCCCACUCUCUUCCCCCUGUAGUAUAUAACUCAUGGGUACAUUACAGAAAGAGGAGGAGGAAGAUAAGAUCUGUUGCCCCAUGUCCAAAAACAUGUGAUCCCAGCGGGAAGGACCAAGCUGGGGAGGAGGAGAGCAGCAAGCUGCCCCCAAGUCCUGCACCUGCCAAAACUUCCCUACCAUCCGCUCAACCCACAACAUCCACAACAAAUGAGCGACUCAGGGGCUGGAGGCGCUGGAAGAAGAACAUCACCAGCUGCUUUCGAAAUUUAUGUUGUUGCUGCUGCAGCAGGCCUAGAGUCCUUCCUACACACACUGAUUCCUCCUGACAGCCUGGAAAAAAGUAGGUGGCCACUGAGCUGUGCUCUGUGUUUAUCUAUACUUCAAGGAAGUCCUUUUUUUUUUUUGUUUAGCUCAUCCCCUCUGAUCUAUGGUUUCCUGGGUGAAAGGGAAGUGUGGAGAAACAAACAGAAAAGGGGAGAGGGAGAGGGAGCUAAAGGGAUAGACUUUCAGAAAGAGAUUGUGACCUGUCAGGUGUUGUCCUGUACAAUUCAGUCCUGAGUUCCCU